AUGUACUGCGUCCAAUGCCGAGAACCGGUGGCCCAGCUAUAUCAGCAAUACAAGUCUGCUUACAUUAAGCUUACUCAGUGUUCACGAUGCCAGAAUAUCGCUGAUAAGUACAUUGAGUAUGACCACGUGUUAUUGUUCAUUGAUGUCUUACUUUUGAAGAAGGGAGCACUACUACACUUGGCUAAUCUCAUUGAAAAGCUGAUCACUGAGACCCAGCCGCGAACCUGGUGGCAAUGCUAUACACCUCAUGCUCGAGUUUAUAUCAUGGCAGUGUUGUUUGAGGUGUACCUUCAAUGGGCUACUGCUGAACGAGCCAGCGACCCGUUGCCGUUAACGCGAGAAGCAUUGACUCACCUGCUGUUUUUUCAAUAUGGCUACUUCAUGUUGAAUUCAGUGGUUCAACAUGUGGUUCAGGUGGUAGUAAUCACUCGUCUUUUCGCUUGGCUUGGAUGGGGAUCAAAUGGCAACAAAUACGUGGGAGAAACCUAUCAACGGUGUUAUUUCAUGAGAGUGCUCAUCAUGGCGAUCUUGGUGACGACGGCAAUCAAACUAUUCCCCAUCAUCUCGUUGAUUUGGCCGUACGAUGCCAUUGCCAUCCCGACACUGGUAACUCAGCUAAUCGGCAUCGCUACUUUGACCGAGGCCCUCCAUUUGGUCACUGAGUUCAGAUACAGCACAAUAAUUGUGGUGCUUCUGGUGCUGAUGGCACUUCAAGAAAUAGUGACGACGUGGGCUUUGACUUUCGCUGUCAAUCAAGUAGCUAGCGUUCACUACGACUACUCACUCACAGUGCCGAGUGUCAUAUCAUCAUACUUAAAGGGCCCAUCUCGAUGCUAA